UCGGAUCCAGGAUACGAGUCGGAUCGUGCCAGCUUCGCGUCCACGUCUUUGUCCAGCAGCGUACGAGACUACCUGUUCGAGAACGGGAGGCGCUACCACAGAUUUAGGGAGGGGAGGUACAACUUUCCCAACGACGAAGCAGAGCAGGAUCGCGAGGACAUGAAGCACACAUGCGUCAAGCUGCUGUGCCAGGAGCAGCUAUUCUUUGCCCCGAUCCGCGAUGGGAGUCUGCAUAACAUCCUCGACAUCGGGACGGGUACGGGCAUCUGGGCUCUCGAGAUGGGCGACCAGUUCCCCUCAGCCAACGUCCUCGGCAUCGACCUAAGUCCUAUACAGCCGGACUGGGUGCCCGCCAACGUGCGCUUCGAGGUGGAUGACGCCGAGAGCCCGUGGAUUCAUCCCCUAGAUCAUUUUGAUUAUAUACACACCAGGCACACCGUCAUGGCCAUCAAGGACUGGCCAAAACUGUACCGGACAGCUAAAGAUCACCUUCGCCCCGGCGGCUGGAUCGAGUCGCAGGAGAUCUACCACUACCCAAUCUCUUUGAACAACUCAAUGCCCCCGGACCACCCCGUCGCACAGUACUGGGCACUGAUCCACCAAGGCCUCAACCGGCUGGGCAUUGACUUCCAGGCAGCAGCUGGUGGCAAGAUCGCGGCUAUGAUGCGCGACGCAGGCUUCGUGAACGUGCAGGAGCGCAUAUUCCACGUGCCACUCGGCACCUGGCCCAAGCACCCAGAACUCAAAGUGGUCGGCGAGUACUGGAGGCACAUCCUCCUCGUAGGGGCACAGGCCAUCGCCCUGGGGCCUCUGACCCGGGGCUGCGGCUGGACCAGGGAGGAGGUCGAGGUGUUUUUGAUCGAGCUGAGGAAGGCUUAUUACGACAACAACUGUCUCAUGUACAUGCCCAUGUACGUGACAUAUGGCCAGAAACCGGAGCACUGA